UUACAAAUCGAGAGAAAGGAGAGAGAAGAGAUAGAAAGAAAAAGAGAGAGAAUAGAGAGACGCAGACAGAGAGACAGAGAGAGAGAGAAUUUUAUUAAACAAUAAUUUAAAUUUAUACGAAUUUAGCUAUUCACCUAAACUAUACUAAUUGAUACUAAAUUAUAUUAAUUUAUACUAAUCUAUACUAACCUAGCUCUCCCCGGGAUGGGAAAUGCAAAGAGCGGCGCGAUCUCGCAGGAGAUGCUGGAUGACCUGCGGCAACGGACGCGCUUCUCUGAGGCGGAGCUGUCGCGCUGGUUCGGGGAGUUCCGGCGGGAGUGCCCAACCGAGCGGGUCUCGCAGGCCGAGUUCGAGCGCGUCUACCAGCGUCUGUUCCCGGACAGCGACGCGCAGGCGUACUCAAGCCACGUCUUCCGCUCCUUCGAUGUGAACGGCGAUGGCACGCUGGACUUCCGCGAGUACAUCAUCGCCCUGCACCUCACCUCCUCCGGGCUGACCUCGCUGAAACUGGAGUGGGCGUUCUCGCUCUUCGACGUGGACAACAGCGGAGCGAUCACCAAGGGGGAGGUGCUGGAGAUCACCCGGGCAAUCUUCAAACUGAUCCCGGAGGAAGAGAGAAAGGAUUUACCAGAGGAUGAAAACACAGCAGAGAAACGAGCAGAUAAACUGUGGAGCUACUUUGGAAAGAAAGAGAAGGAGAAGCUGUUGGAAGGGGAGUUCAUUGAGGGGGUGCUGGAGAAUGAGAACGCACUGAGACUGAUUCAGUACGAACCGAAGAAGAAGUGAUGAGACCCCCCACCCCCGAGAUAAAUGAGUGCAGCCAGACAGGAGCAACUACGGCUAAUACUACCGUAGCACACUGUACUGAAUUACUAAUACUGUACCACACUGUACUGAAUUACUAAUACUGUACCACACUGUACUGAAUUACUAAUACUGUACCACACUGUGCUGAAUUACUAAUACUGUACCACACUGUACUGAAUUACUAAUACUGUACCACACUGUGCUGAAUUACUAAUACUGUACCACACUGUACUGAAUUACUAAUACUGUACCACACUGUACUGAAUUACUAAUACUGUACCACACUGUGCUGAAUUACUAAUACUGUACCACACUGUACUGAAUUACUAAUACUGUACCACACUGUACUGAAUUACUAAUACUGUACCACACUGUACUGAAUUACUAAUACUGUACCACACUGUGCUGAAUUACUAAUACUGUACCACACUGUGCUGAAUUACUAAUACUGUACCACACUGUACUGAAUUAAUACUACUGUACCACACUGUGCUGAAUUACUAAUACUGUACCACACUGUGCUGAAUUACUAAUACUGUACCACACUGUGCUGAAUUACUAAUACUGUACCACACUGUACUGAAUUACUAAUACUGUACCACACUGUGCUGAAUUACUAAUACUGUACCACACUGUACUGAAUUACUAAUACUGUACCACACUGUACUGAAUUACUAAUACUGUACCACACUGUACUGAAUUACUAAUACUGUACCACACUGUACUGAAUUACUAAUACUGUACCACACUGUGCUGAAUUACUAAUACUGUACCACACUGUGCUGAAUUACUAAUACUGUACCACACUGUACUGAAUUAAUACUACUGUACCACACUGUGCUGAAUUACUAAUACUGUACCACACUGUGCUGAAUUACUAAUACUGUACCACACUGUGCUGAAUUACUAAUACUGUACCACACUGUACUGAAUUACUAAUACUGUACCACACUGUGCUGAAUUACUAAUACUGUACCACACUGUGCUGAAUUACUAAUACUGUACCACACUGUGCUGAAUUAAUAACACUGUACCACACUGUACUGAAUUACUAAUACUGUACCACACUGUACUGAAUUACUAAUACUGUACCACACUGUGCUGAAUUACUAAUACUGUACCACACUGUGCUGAAUUACUAAUACUGUACCACACUGUACUGAAUUACUAAUACUGUACCACACUGUACUGAAUUACUAAUACUGUACCACACUGUACUGAAUUACUAAUACUGUACCACACUGUGCUGAAUUACUAAUACUGUACCACACUGUGCUGAAUUACUAAUACUGUACCACACUGUACUGAAUUACAAACCGUGUUUAAUGAAUGCACAGUCUCACCCUGGGAUGGCACGGGGGCUUCACUGUGUAUAUUUACUGUGUGAAGCUGUGUCAGGUCCGCGGAUUUAAAAGACAGAUUCACUGUAUUUAGAUUUUUCUUGUAAACCUGAGAAUCUAUAAAGAAAUACAAAGAACACAAAUAAUAAAAUACUGUGAUUAAAA